CAGGGAACUAUAUAAGCCGGGGUGGAUCCUUGCUUUUAAUUACAACCGUUCGGCACGCAGAGGAAUACCUACCAUGAAGAUCGUCGCUGUAUUAUGUCUGAUCGCGGUGGCGUCCGCAAGCCUGGAGCCAGCCGGAUAUCGUCCUCCAGGCUCCGCUCCCUCGACGCGUUACCUGCCCGCCAGUAACUACCAGGCUUCAUCGCCCCGUCAACAGCCCUCGGCCAGGUACCUGCCGGCCAGCCAGUCGGAGAACUCUGCUACCCUGGCUCGUUUCUCAGCCCCAUCCAGCGCCUAUCUUCCCGCGAACAACUACCAAGCUCCCGCUCGAGCCUCCCCGUCGUCCUCGACGUUCUCCAACGCCCCGUCCGCGUCCUACGGAGUCCCCGCUUCAUCGCAGUACUCGGCACCGGCUGCUGUUCCUGAAAAUCGUUACCUCCCGGCCAACAACGCUUUGACCGGAGGUGCCAACUCGGGAUACGGCUACGCGGAUGCUGAAAAUUCGGAACCCGCUAAGUACGAUUUCCAGUACGAGGUAAAGGACAACUACGACAACGACUUUGGACACCAAGAGAGCCGCGACGGCGAUGACACCAAGGGCAUGUACUUCGUUCUUCUUCCCGACGGACGCAAGCAGAUCGUCGAGUACACGGCCGACCAGGAAGGGUACAAGCCCAGGAUCUCGUACGAGGAGUCGAGGCAAGGAUACAACAACGCAUACAAUCAACAAAACCGUCAAGCUGGCGGAUAUUCUCAAAGUGACUCCGUAGGGCCUUAUUAGAACUUGACAUGGAUGAUUCCUUGAAUAAUUUACAUUUCAAUGUAUAGAUGUAUAAUAUAUAUGAUUACACAUAAAUACACAUAAA